AUGUCUCCACACUCCUCGUCGUGCUCGUGGUCCACUGACGGCGCGGGCGGUGGUCGCGGCGGGCGCGGCGCUGGGGCAGGGGGCGCUGCUGACGUCAUCGACCUGGACCGCUUCAUGCGCGGCGUCAGGCCCUCGUUGCCGAGGCGCUCUGACGACCACAUACGUGGUCAGUUGGUGGUGGACAGCGGCGGCGCGGGCCGCAAGUCGGCGCGGGUGAGCUCGGGCGACAGCACGCCGCCGCGCCGCGCCGGCCGCCGCCACAAGCGGCCCUCGCACGAUUCCGGCCUCUCGGACGGCAGCUACGUGGCGACGAGGCAUCGCCUGCACAGACAUGCGACCACGUUAGAUGGCAAUACUGUGAGUCCGCGCGUGGCCAGCUGCUCCACUAGCUCGAUGCACGCGUUCCGAGCGGCGUGCGAACACGCGCUCCGCGACCAGCAGAGGCAGCUCGCGCGCGUCGCCCUCAUAUGCGAGCAGCUCGGCGCCAGCCGCGACCGAGAGCGCGAACGCGAACGCGAGCACAGCGUUACCCCCAAUUCUACUGACAUAUCGUCAUCCAGUCGAAGUACCAGGGACCUCAGGCGGAAAGAGAAACGCAGAGUAUGUUCGCAGUGUUGUGCAAUGUCAGCAGAAGAAUGCAAGACAUAUAAAAUAAUCAUGAGGAAACUGGACGAGCUGAACCGCCUGUUCGUGGCUCGCGGCAGCGCACGGCCGCACCCCGCGUACCGCCCCACCGCGCCCUCUGUUUCCGUGUCGGACAAAGUCGUCGCCACCGAGCCCGAGAACAAAAAGGAGGUUUCCAUUUCUCAGAAGCAAAUGUUGGAAUGUUGCGGUGACACGAACCCGCCUCGAUUAGUGGAACGCGCGGUCGGCAGCGAGCAGUGGAGCACGGACGGGCGCCGCUCGCCGCGGCUGCCGGGCCUGCGCACCGUCACACGUGCGCACGCGCUGGACAUCGUCCCGCGGGACGCGGUUGCUCUGAACCAUUCUAAUAUAGUUGCGGACAGCAGUGUGGUGGGGUAUGAAACGAGCGGUGAUGGCUCAGACGGGAGUGGCAGUGACCCGCGCUGCACGUUCAAUGUCGACGAUCCUGUUCAUUUGUACACACGAGCGAAGCGGCUGCAGGCGAUGCAGGCGAGCCCGCGGCGUGCGCCCCCUGCCGGCGGCGAGCGCGGCCGCGGUCCGUCGCUGUGCGCGCUCUGCCGCCGCUCCUGGCGCCAGCUGCGGCGCUACCUCGCCGCGCAGAUAUUCAGCUGCCCGCCCACAGAUGGCGCUUGUACAUAUACUUAAUUGUCAUUAAUA